AAUGGUAUUCGUAUAUGUGAAAAAAUUUGGGAUUUUAUUGAAAAGGUUCUAAUAAUUAAUAAUCCAGAUCCGGAGUUUAAAAAAGUUCUUUUGUGCGAACUACAGCCUUACAGAAAUGCCGGUGACUCCCCAGAAUGCUGGUAUAUUGAACUUGAAGAUUCUCCAGUUGCAAUUCAAGCUCCGGAAUGGACAACAAAUGCAGAUUGUCUAUACUUAAACGGAAGCAGCUACCAUGGCAACAUAUCAGUGACAGGCUCAGGUAUUCCUUGUCAGUCAUGGACAGAACAAUGUCCCCAUCGUCAUACCAUGAACACCACGUAUCCAGAAUUAAAUAACGCUGAGAAUUACUGUCGUAAUCCUAAAAACUCCGGACAAAGACCUUGGAGUUUCACUACAGAUAGGAACAAAAGAUGGGAGUACUGUGAUGUCCCAAAAUGUACCCCAGUUCAUGGUAAUUAUGGCAACUGGUCAUUGAGCAGUGCGUGUAAUGUAACUUGUGGUGGAGGUUUUGAAACAUGGACACGAGAUUGCAACAAUCCUGAGCCAAAGUUUGGUGGAAGAAACUGUAGUCAUCUAGGAAAAGCUAUUGAGUACAGAUCAUGUCAGCCAACACCCUGUCCUGUUAACGGUGGUUGUACCAGCUGGAGUUUGAACGUCCCAUGCAAUGUUUCGUGCGGUGCAGGAGUGGAAAUAUGGCGACGUACUUGUCAUAAUCCAGAACCAAAAUACGGAGGCAGUAACUGCAGUAAACUUGGGAAGUCAUUCGAUUUAAAGAAUUGUACAAAAAAACCAUGUCCAGUCGAUGGAAACUAUGGCAAUUGGACAAAAUUGUCGCCAUGUAGUGUCUCGUGUGGUCAGGGUGUUGCAAUCUGGGUACGAAACUGUGAUAACCCCCCGGGAAAAUUUGGUGGAAACUGCAGUAAGCAAGGAGCGGAUCAUGAAAAUCGACUGUGCGCAAAAGGACCUUGCCAGGUUGUCUCCUACACCAAGACGAUCGGUUCCAUCGUUGCUGCUACCUUUGUGAUAGUCGUCGUCAUCCUAAGCUAUCUUUUCAUUCGUCGCAAACGACGUGGAAAAAGAGGAAUUCCGUUUUACGCCAUUGUGAAAUUCUCUUCUGAACAAAUCCGUGGUCAGAAUAUGCAUCAGCCUCAGGAAAACGGUGAACUACUCCCCUGUGUGACUCUUGCUCCUUGUAAUGAAAGGGUGAGUACGUCACAAGAGACUGGUACUGGUGUUGUUUAUCAAAACUUGACAACUGAUGAAGACCCGAUUCCAGGCCACUCGCGUGGAGUUGUAAGCCACGAAGGAGAUUACGUCAAUACAGGACCUUCGCGAAGCUCAUGGUAUGAUAGACUUCAGUUUUUCCGACCAUUAGCUAUUGAUUGGCUACGAAAUGCGCAGGGGAAUGUUAACGAGGAUGGUCACCAUGUUUAUGACGUCAUGCAAAGCGUCAGACAGAUUUUUGUUCCGUACGACAGGUUGGGAAACACCGCGCAAGUUGACUCGGCCAGAGGAAUGGAAACAAGUGAUUCAACUUAUGACACACCUGAAAGACCUCUAGCUGUUAUAGCUCGGUGUCAAGGGAAGACUGCUCCAACCACAGAGAUUGCAUGA